AUGGUUGAAUUUAAAAUGCUGCUUACGGAGCCCCAUGGCUGCUGCGAGCGUCGUCCUUAUACGUUUGAUCAAUUCUUGUCGAGUUCACGCGGUUGCGCGCGAGCCACCGACCCCAGGAAGCCGUCGAGCAUGCGUCGGGCGAAGCAUGCACUGUGUGGUGCUGCGUGUUCGGUCAGGGCCGACGUUGAUGAUUACAGCGUCAGGGGCUGUUUUCAGUUCCGAGAUAUGUCGGUAGAGGUGAAUCGUGACCAGGAUCCGGAGCCCCGCCCACGCAACCUCAGUGGAUGGAAGUGGUUCCUGUUCAUCUCGGCCAUCCUUUUCUCCACCUUCCUGUAUGCCCUCGACGCCACCGUCGUGGCCGUCCUCCAGGCCGUCAUCGUCGAGGAAUUCGGCCACGUCCAGGAUCUGGCGUGGCUGAGCGUCGCGUUCCUGCUGUCCGCCACAGCCACCAAUCUGGCCUGGGGCCGCGUCUACGGAAACUUCAACGCCAAGUGGUUCUACAUCUUCCAUGUCUUUAUCUUUGAGGUCGGUUCGGCUAUCUGUGGCGCAGCGCCGUCCAUGAAUGUCAUGAUCCUGGGACGCGCCAUCGCCGGCGUGGGCGGCUCGGGCCAGUACAUCGGAUGCAUGACCCUCAUCGCUGCGACCACCACCAUGACCGAGCGCCCCAUGUACGUCUCCCUCACCGGCUUUAGCUGGGGUCUUGGCACGGUGCUGGGCCCCGUCAUCGGCGGUGCCUUCAGCGAGUCCUCGGUGGGCUGGCGAUGGGCCUUCUACAUCAACCUCUUUAUCGGCGCUGCCUGCGCACCCGCCUACAUCUUUCUCAUUCCCAGCAAGGAUCCCCGUCCUGGGACGCCGUUCCGGGCGAGAGCCGCUGAGAUGGAUUACGCCGGCAUCAUACUGCAGGCUGCAGCGCUGGCGGCCCUGCUGCUGGCCGUCAACUUGGGCGGUGUCACGUAUCCGUGGAACUCAGGGCGUAUCAUCGCCCUGUUUGUUGUGGCUGGCGUGCUUUUCAUUGCGCUGGGCGUUCAGCAGGUCUGGAGUAUUUUCACCACGACGCCGCGGCGCAUUAUCCCUGUGCACUUCUUCCGGUCGCGCACGGUGCUUAUGCUCUUCAGUUGCACUGCAGCAAGCGGCGCUUUGCUCUUUGUGCCGACCUACAUGAUCCCCAUCUUCUUCCAGUUCACGCGUAGCGACGGUCCCCUCGAUGCCGGCGUUCGGCUGCUCCCCUUUAUUGCUGUUAUAAUAGUCUUUAUCAUCAUCAAUGGCGCCCUCAUGUCGAAGCUGGGCUACUACAUGCCGUGGUUUCUGACGGGCGGUGUGCUGGUCGUCAUCGGCUCUGCCCUCAUGUACACGAUCGACCAGGAGGCAUCUGAAAGCCGCGUCUACGGCUACACGGUGCUGAUGGGCGUUGGGACUGGUAUGUUCGCGCAGGCCGGGUUUUCAGUCGCCCAGGCCGUUGUCGACGCCGCCGACAUUGCGCCCGCCAUCGCCUUCAUCACGCUGGCGCAGUUCGUCGGCAUCACUCUCUCCCUCGCCAUUGCCAACGCCAUUCUCCUCAAUUCCAGCCAGACCAAGAUCCAGCAGAUCCUGCCCAACGUGUCGCCCGCCGCCAUCCAGGGCGCCAUCCUGGGCGUCCGCUCCAGCCUUGUGCAGAACCUCGCCCCGGACGUCAAGACGCGCGUCCUCGGCGCCAUCGUCAACGCCAUCGACAAGACGUAUAUUCUUGUCAUUGCUGGCGGCGCUCUUGUCACUGUCUUGAGCCUCGGGAUGCGCCGCGAGAAGCUGUUCGGCGGUGCCGCCGGCGUUGCUGCGAUGUGAGAAAAUGCGUCGCCGUUUCAGGUGGAUAUUGUGUGACCUACCUAGAGGCUAGAUAGCGAUGCAUUGUAUGUAACGGAAAGGAUUAGUGGCGUUGGCUAUAAGGUAUAGGUAUAGACUUCUCUUUACAGGGGGCCGCGCAAUCCCUUGCUGCGCGCGCGGCUACCUUUGUACUUUAAUGUUAGCAAUUCCGAU